CCUAGUCGCGGGGAGUCUGAGAAAGCGCGCCUGUUCCGCGACCAUCACGCACCCUCCCUCCGCCUGCGGCCAUGUACUGCUACCUGGGCAAAGCGCUGCUGCCGUCCCGGGCCGGGCCCGCUGCCCUGGGCUCGGCGGGGUCCGCGUUGCUGGGCCGGGCCCGCGGACAGCCCGCUGCCGCCCCGCAGCCGGGGCUCGCAUUGGCCGCCCGGCUCCACUACAGCGAGGUGGUGGCCGACCGCGAGGACGACCCCAACUUCUUCAAGAUGGUAGAGGGCUUCUUCGAUCGCGGCGCCAGCAUCGUGGAGGACAAGUUGGUGAAGGACCUGAGGACCCGGGAGAGCGAGGAGCAGAAGCGGAACCGGGUGCGCGGCAUCCUGCGGAUCAUCAAGCCCUGCAACCAUGUGCUGAGUCUCUCCUUCCCCAUCCGGCGCGACGACGGCUCCUGGGAGGUCAUCGAAGGCUACCGGACCCAGCACAGCCAGCACCGCACGCCCUGCAAGGGAGGUAUCCGUUACAGCGCUGAUGUGAGUGUAGAUGAAGUAAAAGCUUUGGCUUCUCUGAUGACAUACAAGUGUGCAGUGGUUGAUGUGCCAUUUGGGGGUGCUAAAGCUGGUGUUAAGAUCAAUCCCAAGAACUAUACCGAAAAUGAAUUGGAAAAGAUCACAAGGAGGUUCACCAUGGAGCUAGCAAAGAAGGGCUUUAUUGGUCCUGGCAUUGAUGUGCCUGCCCCAGACAUGAACACAGGUGAGCGGGAGAUGUCGUGGAUCGCUGAUACCUAUGCCAGCACCAUAGGGCACUAUGAUAUUAAUGCACACGCCUGUGUUACUGGUAAACCCAUCAGCCAAGGGGGAAUCCAUGGACGCAUCUCUGCUACUGGCCGUGGUGUCUUCCAUGGGAUUGAAAACUUCAUCAAUGAAGCUUCUUACAUGAGCAUUUUAGGAAUGACACCAGGGUUUGGAGAUAAAACGUUUGUUGUUCAGGGAUUUGGUAAUGUGGGCCUACACUCUAUGAGAUAUUUACAUCGUUUUGGUGCUAAAUGUAUUGCUGUUGGUGAGUCUGAUGGGAAUAUAUGGAAUCCAGAUGGUAUUGACCCAAAGGAACUGGAAGACUUCAAAUUGCAACAUGGGUCCAUUCUGGGCUUCCCCAAGGCAAAGCCCUAUGAAGGAAGCAUCUUGGAGGCUGACUGUGAUAUACUGAUCCCAGCUGCCAGUGAGAAGCAGUUGACCAAAUCCAACGCACCCAGAGUCAAAGCCAAGAUCAUUGCUGAAGGUGCCAAUGGGCCAACAACUCCAGAAGCUGACAAGAUCUUCCUGGAGAGAAACAUUAUGGUUAUUCCAGAUCUCUACGUGAAUGCUGGAGGAGUGACAGUAUCUUACUUUGAGUGGCUGAAGAAUCUAAAUCAUGUCAGCUAUGGCCGUUUGACCUUUAAAUAUGAAAGGGAUUCUAACUACCACUUGCUCAUGUCUGUUCAAGAGAGUUUAGAAAGAAAAUUUGGAAAGCGUGGUGGAACUAUUCCCAUUGUACCCACGGCAGAGUUCCAAGACAGUAUAUCGGGUGCAUCUGAGAAAGACAUCGUGCACUCUGCCUUGGCAUACACAAUGGAGCGUUCUGCCAGGCAAAUUAUGCGCACAGCCAUGAAGUAUAACCUGGGAUUGGACCUGAGAACAGCUGCCUAUGUCAAUGCCAUUGAGAAAGUCUUCAAAGUGUACAGUGAAGCUGGUGUGACCUUCACAUAGAUGGAUCAUGGCUGACUUCCUCACUAUCCUCUUCAUGUGUAACUUCUGCAGACCUAUCACAAGUUUAUAUAUAACCACAGAAAUCCCUUUCUCUCCUGACUCAUUAAUAAUGGAUACCAUUCUCAACAAGUCAAUCCAAAUCAGCCCGUUAAGGAGAAAGAAAUUAAUAUACAAGCUGAGUGUGAAAGUAGAAAUCACCUACACCAGAGAGCCAUUUUGGUAUUUUGCCUUUAAAUAAAAAGCCUCCUCCAUCUGGCUGUGCAGCCUUGCUCUGUGGCUUUUCCCAACACUAUCAGUGCUAGUGCUGGGGAAGGGACAGUCAAGAGCAGUCGGUUGCUUACUUGUUUUACUCUGGAUGAGUCUGGGACAUGCUGUAACUUUAACACAUUUAAGAAGAAGGUGUGUGGCCUUUUCAGAAGGUGGCAUGGUCCUCAAGUGAGUUCUUAGUAUUUUAUAUCAGCAAAAUAACUCAGUUUUGCAGGUUGCACACAAAUAUAAAAGCUGUUUCUGUUUAUGAAUUUUAUUCUUUUAGAAUAGAAUAAGUACAUGCUGCUGUAAUCAAAUUGCCUUUAAUCACUUAA